ACAGAAGAAGAGUCGCACUCAUUUCUCUGCACUUAUGUGAACACAUCACUAAACUACUAACUACUUAACUGUAAGGUGAGAAGUAAAGGGAGGGUGUCUCUUUUUCCUGAGGAAAAUGCCUCAUCAUCUGGUAGCAAAAUGAACGGCUGCCUCCGACAUUCCAGCAGAAGGCCCCAAAAUCUUGGAGAGUGAAACACACACACACACACAUACACACAUAACUUUCUCACUGUCUUACUCUCUAUCACACUCGCAGACACGGGGAUGGAUUUGCCAUGAGCUGACUGCCCACUUCACUCUAAGUUAACCAGUGCAAGAAUGCCCAUCUUUAAGAAGCUGCCCAGGAGGCUCAAGAAUAACCAGAGCAAUGGUGAUCUCAUCCAAAAGAGUAACCUGGCUAACGGUGAACUCAUCCUUAAAAGUAACCAUAGCAACGGGGAACUCAUUCUGCCACCAUCCGAUCUGAAUCCGUUUGAGGGGGCGUGGGCAGGUAUAGGGUGGAAUAAUGAAGAGAAUGGGGUUUGGGAAAAUGGACAGGACUACCAAAGAUCAUCUCAGGUGAGUGAGGCGCUGGAGAAUGAGGCAAACACAGAGCAGCGUGGAGGGUCGAAGGUUAACGAAGGAUCGAAAGAAAAGAGAGGAACUCUGGAACGGAUUUGUGGCUCAUCACCAUUGAAGACCCUGGGAAAGUUAGGGAAAGGACUUCGUAUCACUGGAAAAAAUGUUUGGGGUGCUGCCCCUUCGACGCGGAGUGCCACCCUCCCGGCAACACCUUCCUCAGGAAAAAAGAGAAAAAUUAAUUAUAGACGAGCCUCAGAGGAGAUCAUGACUUUACUGAGACUGGCAGGCCGUCGUAAAGAGAGCGAGCGCAGAGAUAGUCUGCCCACAGGUGAUCUGACCACCGAAGACGAUGAAGACAGUUGUCGUCGUCCCUCAUUCCUACGUAUGGUCAGUCUGAGCAAGCUCAAACGUGACUCACUAACAAACAACAGUUCCCAGGGGUCCGAGCAAGAGCUGGUAGAGGAAGAGCAGCCAGUCAAACGCAGGGAGCCGCUAUCAGUGUUGGAGAUCUUGCAGUUGGUCAAUCAGAGAGACCUUCUGCUUGCCGACACGCACAUUCAAGAGCUCGAGAGGGAGUGUGAACUUGAUCCCUCCCCCUUGACACAAACCACACCCACUUCAACCACACCCAGCACUGCAACAACGCCCUCAUUGGCCUCAUCCCCCUGGUUCCCCCUGCUUGCUGGUUCAGGCAAUGACGAGUCCGGUCCAAGCAUGUGGGAUGCCGGGCUGCGUAAAGUGAAGGACGUAGAGCUCCUGUACGAAGCCCUUCAGAAUGAGAUGUGGGAUGUGGUGAGGGAGUCCCUACGUCAACCCUGCACCGGGCCUCAGCUGGGUCUUGUGGUUCUGGUCAUACAGCAAGAGGAGCAGGCUGACAAGGUCUGGGCACUGCACCAAGAGGCCCAGGCCAACCUCCAAGCUGAAGAUAACUCAGAAGACCGGCCAAUCUCGCGUGAGAUCGCACGACCCUCCAAGCGACCCAGGAGGCUGCGUCAAGGAUGGGUGGAGGCCAUGGGAGAGGCAGCCGACUGGUGUCUUCCACAGCCAGGAGGCAUCGCCGCAGGUCAGAUGGCCAUGUAUUUGGAGCGUCUGAGGGGCAGGGUGGUGGAAGAUAUGGAUGCAGCCCGUCGGAACGUGGUGGCGGUGUAUCCUGAGGAGUUUGGGGUGUUUCAGGUCUACAUGCAGAGUUAUCACAGGGCGGUCGCCAAACGGCUGAAGAGCAUCACUUGUGGACCCAUUCAGAUCACUGAUAUAUACUCGCUGCUGGAUUGGAUCUACAACAUUUACAACAGGGACGUCUUGGCUACAGUUGGAGCAAUGGGCACAAUAGAUUGUGAAGCUCUAGAUCCUCUUCUGCCAGAAGAUGUCAUCGAUCGGCUGGAACAGGACUGUGUCGACACUGUUUGGGAGAAGGUGACCACAGAGCUGUCUCAGGUUUUGGAGGAUGAAGAAAAGCGAUGGGCACAGACGUUGCACAUUGAAGAGUAUCAAUCUGGCCUCGCCCGUUCUAUUAUACAGAGGUUGAAGGUAGAUUUAGACAGAUCAACUGCUGUCAGUCAGCCAUUAGGAGCCAGUAUUGCUCGCUGCACCUUAAAUGGACUUGCGGAUUUCCUGCACAGCUUCCAAAGAAAGGUUGAGGUGUUCCAUAACACACAGUCGGAGUUUGGAGACGGUGGGGAUGGUUAUGUCUCCAGGACAAUCGCUCUUGUCAACUGUGUUCCACCUUUCAGGAGUUUUGUGGAGCGCUGUCAUAUGUGUGACCCCCUCGGCAGUGAGGACUUCUCGCAGCGAGCUCAUUCCUCUCUAGAGCGAAUCGUCAACCACUCUGUGCGAGUUCUCGCUGACAUACUGUUUGAAAAUAUCAGGCCAUUCUUUGAUAAGCUGGUGAAGAGGAAGUGGCUGGAGAACAAUGAGGCCUUUGAGAGCAUUGAGACGUCUAUUAAACAGCACUUUAAAAAGUUUCGCAGAAUGGACUGCCCUCCGUAUCAGACACUGGUGAAUGAGGUGCACAGGCGGGUCCUGGUUGAAUAUGUUCGUGCCAUCAUGAGGGGGCGGGUCAUUUGUACGUCACUCAAAAUGAGGAAGAGAGUGGCAUUCCGUCUGCAGGAUGAAGCCAAACAGUUGAAGGCUCUAUUUAAGGAUCUGGAGUCAACUGCUUCCUGGUUGGACAGUCUGAUUGUUCACCUGGCUGACAUCAUAGUGUUAGAAGACACACCUUCUAUUCAGAUGGAGGUUGGAGUUUUAGUGAAGGAGUUUCCAGAUAUACAGAGAAGACACAUCUCUACUGUGUUAAAUGUCCGUGGGAUGGUGCAUCAAUCAGACCGUCAGGAGAUUCUAGCAGUUGUUCGGGAUUUAGAGAACAGCGACAGCUCCAUUAAUCUGCCCAGGGAUCGUGCCCUCUUCUCUGAAAUCGCAGUGGCCAAAGACAUGCCCUGUCUGGGGUUGGUUCUGAUUCGAUGCGCUCUGACUGUGUCAUCAUGGGUCGCCAGCGCCCGACCGCAUCGUAAACACAGCAGACGGAGCCGGAACGAGAAGCAUGCGGACGGGAGAACCCAGUCGUUGCGUACAAAGCGUUCUGACAGAUAAUAAAACAAGGCAUAACUACAAUGCACAUCAUUCUUAAAAAAAGCACAAUUAACUAUAUAGAAACAAAAAUCAUAACACAUACAAAACAAAAAAAAUGAAUGUAUUGUUAGGACACAAAAACAAGUAGGGAAAGAUCUAUGUUUAUCAGAAAGUUGAAUUUAUUGUUGUCAGCCCUUAUAGAUGGUUUUAACAUACAGUGACAAGAAAAAGUAUGUAUAUAAAUUUGUCAUAAAAUGUGAUCUGAUAUUCAUCUAAGUCAAGUGUAUUGACAAACAUAAUGUGUCUAAAGUAAUUAGACAACAAAAUUUAGAUCUUUCAUGCCUUUAUUAAACACACUCAUUAAACAUUCAAAAUGGCAGUGGAAAAAGAACCCUUAAAAUUAAUAAUUUAUUGACACUCAUUGUCAGGAAUAACCUCAACCAGGCGCUUCCUGUAGCUGUGGAUCAGCCCUGCACAUCGGGGAGAAGUUAUUUUAGCCCAUUCUUCCAGAUCAUCUCUAUUGGGUUAAGAUCUGGGCUCUUAUAUUGCCACUCGAAAAGGUGGAUUUUGUUUUUCCGAAGCCAUUCUGUUGUGGACUUGUUUCUGUGUUUUGGUUCAUUGUCCUGUUGCAUCACCCACCUUCUAUAGAGUUUCAUCUGACGUACAGACAUUCUCAUAUUAUCCUGAAGAAUUGUCUGAUAUACUUCGGAUUUCAUCUUCCCCUCAAUGAUUGCAGCUGGCCAGGAUCUAAUCCAGCAAAGCAGGCCCAAAUCAUGAUGUUUCCUCCACCAUACUUUACAGUUGGGAUGAUGUUUUCAUGAUGAUAUGCAGUGACCUUUCUACGCCAGAUGUAGCGCUGUGUGUUUUUCCAAAUAGAUCUUAUGUUCAUCAGUCCACAAAACAUUUUGCCAAUGUGGAGUGUUACAUUUUUGGAGUGUUAAAUUUUUGGCUGUCAUUAGGGGUUGUUUCUUUACCUCACUGAUGAGUCUUCGUUGCGCUCUUGAUGUCAUUUUGACUGGGCACCCACUUCUUGGUAGAGUAGCAACAGUCCCAAAUCGUCUCCAUUUGUAGAUUGUUUGCCAAACUGUAGACUGGUGAAUUUCUAAAGUCUUUGAAAAACUUUGUAACCCAUUUCAGCUUUAUGUAAACCAACAUUUCUUGAUCGUAGCUCCUCUGAAAGCUCUUUUUGGCGAGGCAUGGCUCACAUAUAAGCGUGUUCUUCUUGUGCAGAGCAAACUCCAAAAGUUUGAGGGUUUUUUUAUCAGUCAAAGUAGCUGUAGUCCACACCUUCGAAUGUAUUAUCUUAACGAGACUCCAGGUGUACUAAUACUUUACUCAAAUUAGCUUUUUUAAGGUCAUUAACUGAAGGGUUCACAUACUUUUUCCACAAGCGCUAUGAGGUUGUUUGGUUGUUCUCCAUAAAGACAUGCAAGAUCAGAUAUUUUAUUUUAUUUUUAGACAUUAUGUUUGUCAAUACCCUUGAUUUAGAUGAAUAUCAGAUCACAUGAGUAUAUCAGGCAUUAAGUAGGAAUAAUUGAUGACAGGCAUUUGAAUUAUUCAAAAAUAAUGCACUCCCAAGGUGGUAAUGCGGGACGAAGCAAAGGGUAGUUUAAGACAUUUGACAGGUUAUGUGUGUGUUUAUCGAAAAACAAUGCAUACCCAUUUCUUAACCAAUCAGAAUUAAGCAUUCAACAGCCCAGUGGUAUAAACUCAUCUAAUGUUGCUGUGUAAAAUGAAUGUAUACAAUGUUUAACUACAGAUCCUCAAAGUCUUGCCUGGCUACCAGAACCGCACAGUAGUGAUCCAUGCUCACGGUCUCCCUUCGACUUUUGGAAACCGAAACAUUUAAAUUUUUUAACAAGGUAUUUGUUGCAGAGGUCAGUUUAGGCAAUAGCCAGACCAAUAAACAAGCACAGACAGGAAGUUAGGUUCGGGCCAGGAGCGUAACUGCAGCAACCCGUGUGAAUCUGAUGAAACCGUCUAUAGGAAAUAGAUUACAUUUAUUGCUCAGGCUAUUCACACUCAGUCAUUCAACUAGAUGUGUUUGGGCAGAACCUGGUCAAGGGAGACCAAGAUGAAAAGUAAUAAACAACAAAGCAUGUCCUUCAGAACACAGCUGCGGUUGAAUCAAAUACUCGGCACUUAAAAAGACAGGAAAUCUCUGGCUUUUAUACAGGCUGUUAAUAGGCUGCUGUGUAUUGUGUAUAGCUUGUGUGAACAAACACUUGAUUUGAAUGAGUGGCAGAAGCCUCACUGCUGUAAAGUUGAAAAGCUAAGAAAUUCAGCAUUAACUUAUAUAGGCUGUGCUCAAUGCUGUAGACAACAAGACUGCUUAAAACUCCUAAAAUGGUUUUUAUCUGGCUGUAUGGUUCCAUUAAAAAUGUUUGAUAUUCACAAAAACUUUCUGUUACACAAAAGGUUUUUGUAUUGGAAAAGGUUACACAAAAAUAAAAGAAUAUGACAGAAAUCAUUAUUUUAAGAAUCUUUCUAUUUGUCUUUUUGGAAAAGAUGUGAGUGUGACUAUAAAUCACACAACAGAGCAGAUAUAUGUAGUGAUGUCAUCAGGUACAGCUCUACAAUACAUACAUCUUUCAGGUGUAAGUUUUAAUUGAUGCCAUUUAUGAAGAGCAAACGCUUAAGUGGUUUAAUCAUGACUGAUUGUGACAUUUUAAAAACAUGUUUAUUUGUUGCUGUUCUUUUUUUGUUUUUCUGUUUAAUUUUUAUACAUAUUUGAGCAAAGACAUUACAGAUGAAAAAUGAUGAUGUUAAUGUACAUUGAUAUUGUUUCAAGUAAAUAAGAAAUAAAGACCCA